AUGGAACAAAAGACUAUAUCAGAGGCUAUCAGGAGCAGAGUGAAAAAUAUUGAGAAGGAGCAGUCCGGACCGCUCGUUGCAGGAGUACUUUUCCCACCAGAAAAGAUUGUCAUUAGGUUAGUUCUAUUCAAUUUUUUCCAACAAACGAAAACAAAUGAUGUGCUUCGAGAGGAGGUUUCGACCAGGGUGCUUGACGAAGCGCAGCGCGUAGUUACAAAGUCCACCAAGGUCGUCAUCCAACAUCUGUAAUAUAAAAUAUGUAUGAGAAGCGGUAUUAUUUUCCCAACAAACAUGUCCUCUUUCUUAUUGAUUCUUACGUGAGCCCGCUAUUUUCCGAUGUUUUACUUUUUCGUUUUGAAGAUUCUGCAACUCCACUAAGUAAUCCACUGUUCUUUUGGCGAGAUAUGGCCUGUCUAAAGUAGAAAAUCAUUAUGGGUACCUACUUUUGUAUUGGAGUAAACAAGUGAGAUACUACAGAGCGCUCUAAUGAUGUCUUUUGGCAUCUCAGGUGCUUCGUUUGAUCCUUUCUGCAAAAUGAAAAUCAGGGGUUUGGUGGUGCAAUUCUUGGUUACAGCAAUCCUUAUCCAAUAUGUUUAAGUGAGCUUUUCGGUCUGAGCUGGACGACUAAUUUGUGACAUGCAAAGAAACAUGCUCGCAUAAGCAGGUCCCAAUGAAGGACCAAAAUUAACUUCCGUGUAGACACUCACAUUGUCAGGUCGUAAGACCGACCGGCGUUGCAACAUCACCCCCACAUUAAUAUGUGAUUGGACGCGGCAGAGGCCCUCUGAGCUGACUAAGCUUGGUUUGAAUGCCACCUUGUUUUUCCUGUGUAUCCAAAAACUAAACAAAAUAAAACUACAGUAAAAUGAGAUUGAUGUGUGUUUGUGCUUCUGUCUUUGCUCGUUGACGACAUAUUGAGUGCAGGACUACAAAUUUAUCUAUUAUUUCGUUAAUUUAUGUGGGGUUUGUAGAAGGGCAAGCAUUCCAGGGUCAGACAAGUCAGCUGAUUUCCACUGUCGUGUGUGUGUGCCUAUCUUGUGAACUACGCCACUCUCAGCAUAAGACGAACAACUUUCCUGUGGAUCUGGAUCUUAUGAAUUGAUUUUGUCUACCUCAACAUGUGAUGAUGCAGGGAAGAAGUUGAAGGGGUCGUAU